GCCGUCGCCGCCUCCGGCGCAACCCAAACCAUCCUUGUCGGCGGCGACGCCGGCCUCGUCUACACCCCCUCCUCCGUCAUGGCUUCACCUGGCGACACCCUUAUCUUCCAAUUCCUCACCAAAAACCACACCCUCUCCCAAUCCACUUUCGCCUCUCCUUGCUCCCUCGGCGCAGCCAUGGUCGACUCGGGAUUCCGUCCGUAUAACGGUACAGGCGCCCCGAGUACCUUUGCGUACGUCGUGCAGAGUACGGAGCCGACGUGGUGGUAUUGUAAGCAGAAGGGGCAUUGUGGGAUGGGGAUGGUGUUUGCGGUUAACCCGACGAUGGAGAAGACGUUUGAGCAGUUUAAGAUGAAUGCGAUGGCUCAGGGCGCUUCCAUGUCCGCGGCGAUGGGUGGGAAUACGAUGACGAUGUCUGUCGCUGCUCCGGCUCUCACGACUGAUACGGCUGCCGUCGCGCCUCCUGCUAUGAGCACGGGUGCCGUCAUCGCUGGU